AUGAUAACAGAAUCCGCAAUGAUAUUUGCUCAAUGUGUCGGAACAAAUCUCGAUGAUCACAUUGGAAAUUGGUGAGCAAAUGGAAAGCGACAACCUGUUAGGAAUAUUAAUGAACCUGUUUAUGCUAAUUUAUCUGUUGAACAUGACAUGCAUGAUGAUUGAUCUUUUUGUUUUUUAUUUUUUCUCCUAAACCGGGGGGGGGGGGGGGGGGGGGGGGGGGGG